AUGCUCGCGGGGCUCACAGCGCGGCAUUCCUCGAGGGGAGCCGCGGUUGCGCGCUCAGCUGUCGCUCGCUGGACUGCUGUCGCAGCAACGCCUCUCCCAUCCGCACACGCGCCACCCGCCUCGCCCAUCCUCCCUCCUCCCGCACCUCCCUCCCUCUCCACUCCCACCCCCACCACCCCCCAUCCCUCCCCCCCUCUCUCCUCCACCACCUCUCUCCACUCCUCCCUCUUCACUCAACCCAUCCCCUUCACCAUCCGCCCCCUCAUGCCCACACCUCUCACCACCUCCUCCCCCAGAACCCCCACACCCGCCCUCCCCCUGACCCCCACGCGCACCUUCGUGCAGCUGCGCACGAACCUGCAAGUCGCCGACAACUCAGGCGCCCGCCGCGUGCAGUGCAUCAAAGUCCUGCGCGGGCGCGCACCCAACGCGGCAGGCCUGGGCAACGUGAUAAUCGCCUCAGUGAAAGACGCGGAGCCGCGGGGGAAGGUGCGCAAGGGGGAGGUGGUGACGUGCGUGGUGGUGCGUGCCGCGCACCACAAGCGUAAGGAUGGGACGGAGGUUCGGUUUGACGGGCCGGCCGCGGUGGUGAUCAGCAAGGCUGGGGAGCCGGUGGGGACGCGUGUGUUUGGGCCCGUGCCGCAUGAGCUGCGGGCACGCAAGAUGCUCAAGCUGCUCACUCUUGCACAACAUGUCAUAUAA